AUGACGAUGGGCAGCGUAGGGACAUGGAAAAAACAAAUUGGAGAUUCUGUAGUGCCUGGUGAUGUAUUGGUGGAAAUCGAAACAGAUAAGGCUCAGAUGGAUUUCGAGUGUCAGGAAGAGGGUUAUCUAGCCAAGAUACUUGUUGAGGCAGGCGCGAACGACGUUCCCGUUGGCAAACCUAUUGCCAUUUUAGUCGAAGAGAAAGAAGAUAUAGAUAAAUUCGCUGAUUAUGCCCCGGAAGAGACAUCACCGUCGACCAAAGCAGAGCAGCCCAAGGUGGAAGUCGAUAAUGCAAAGAAAGAAACACAGUCGAAAGACACUAGCCGAGCGUCGACCGACCGCAUAUUUGCUAGUCCUUUGGCUCGUAAUAUUGCAAGCGAGCGAGGAAUUGAUCUUGCGCAAAUAAAAGGAACAGGUCCUAAUGAUCGCAUCAUUAAGGCUGAUGUAGAGAAUUAUAUACCUUCGGCGGCUUCCCAAAGUCCAGUGACAUCCAGCCAAACUGCUUCACCUACAGCUACGUAUACUGACAUACCACAGUCGAAUAUCCGCAAGGUCAUUGCGCAACGGCUGAGCGAAUCAAAGCAAAAUGUUCCUCACUAUUAUUUGACGGUUGAAGUCAACAUGGAUAAAAUACUGAAACUUCGGGAGGCGCUUAAUCGUGAUAGUGAUGGUAGUUAUAAACUAUCUGUAAAUGACUUUGUCGUGAAGUCAGCCGCAUUGGCACUCAAAAAUGUGCCUGAAGUGAAUAGUGCAUGGUACAACGACUAUAUUAGACAGUUGAUUGCAACUGCGACGCCAACUGGAUUAAUUACACCCAUAGUGACAAAUGCUGACACGAAAGGAUUGGCUAUUAUAUCCAAUGAGAUUAAAGAGAUGGCCAGACGGGCACGAGAGGGAAAACUAGCACCAAAUGAGUACCAGGGUGGAACGUUCGCCGUAUCUAAUCUCGGGAUGUAUGGCAUUAAGUCGUUCACUGCUAUUAUUAAUCCUCCACAAUCGUGCAUACUUGCUGUUGGAUCAACAACGCAGAAAGUCAUUCCUGACGCAUCCAAUGAAUCCAGUUAUAAAGUCGUCAAUACUAUGCAUGUGACUCUUUCUUGCGAUCAUAGAGUUGUUGAUGGAGCAGUUGGUGCCCAAUGGCUGAAGACGUGGAGAAGUUACAUUGAGAAUCCACUAAAACUUUUACUAUGA